AUGAUAGAUGAUCCUCAUUCAACAUACGAACAAACUGAACACACCCUGGGCAUUGGUUCGUCAGCGGUCAAUUCAAUUAUUCAUGAAUAUUUAAAGUUGCACAAGAUUUGUACUCGAUGGGUUCCUCAUCAACUCACCGAUGACCAAAAACAGUUCCGUAUUCAAUUUUAUCUAGAUUCACUUGAGAGAUUUGAAAGAGGUCAAUCCCGUAGUGUAUUCGACAUUAUAACUGGUGACGAAUCAUGGUUCUAUCAUUAUGAUCCAACAACAAAACAACAAUCAAAAGUUUGGGUGUCACAAGCUGAUCCGCGACCAACCAAAGUUUAG